AUGACGCGAAUCACGAACUUCAGAUACAAACGAACGCACGUCGACGCUGGAUUCAGCGCAGAUGCUGACGUCGAGGCCGACCCGUCCCCCGGCUCAACAUCACAAAUAACCGAAACACCCAUUCAAGGGCCCAAAAGUACCGCCAAUACUUCGCACAUACCCGCUGAGGCUGAGGCUGAGGGCUCGCAGUCGAAUCCAAGUGCGCAACUGCCCCCAAAGAAGAAGCGCAAGAGAUCCAAGUCGAAGAAAAGUACAGAUACGGCUGGGGUCAAAGAAAAUGCGGAUGCAACACAAGAUGGAACAUCUGCGGAGGGAGUAGUUCAAGUGGAGGGAGGCGCCACGGCUACGACUUCUGGUACUGCGGCGACAACAGAGAGAACGCCGAGGCAGAAAAGACGGGAUAGGGAGAAGUGGGAGAAGGAGCCGAAAGAGGCCAAAGACGCUGCACGGAAGAACACCCAGCCGUAUAGACUCAAAGCUAUAGCUGAUCGGAACUCUGGGACGAUCUGCUUCGCGUGUCGCGAGACGGGGCACGCGGCGAGGGACUGUCCUACCACUCGCAACGCUGCGAAAGGGGACUCGGGUGCCCCAGGUGCUGUAGUUGGGAUAUGUUAUCGGUGCGGUUCAUCCACCCAUACACUAUCGCGGUGCAAGGAACGGGUCGACCCCGGGGACCCCAUGCCCUUCGCGUCGUGCUUCGUGUGUUCGGGGAAGGGCCACUUGGCUUCGGGGUGCCCGCAGAACAAGGAGCGAGGCGUGUAUCCCAACGGCGGGUGCUGCAAGCUAUGUGGGAAGACGACACAUCUUGCGAGGGACUGUGAUCUGCAUAAGAAAGUGGAUACAGCGACACACCGUCCCAUCCUCGGAAUAGUAGACAGCGCAGGGGCGGGCGCAGACGAGGACGACUUCCACGCGCUCAAGCGGCGGAAGCAUGAAGUAGAUAAAGAGGAGAAGGGGACUUCGCAUCACGCUCCGGCAACAAACGCAAAUGGAGCGCUCCGCAAACCCAAAAAGGUGGUCAAUUUCUGA